AUGGCGGCUGCAGCUGUGGACACAGAUAAUGCUGCCCCCGUGGCAGGGUCCAAAGAAAUGAGUUUGGAGGAACCAAAGAAGAUGACCAGAGAGGACUGGAGAAAGAAGAAAGAGCUAGAAGAACAGCGAAAACUGGGUAAUGCUUCUGCAGAAGUUGAUGAAGAAGGAAAAGACAUCAACCCUCAUAUUCCUCAGUAUAUUUCUUCAGUGCCAUGGUAUAUUGAUCCAUCAAAAAGACCUACUUUAAAGCACCAGAGACCACAACCAGAAAAACAGAAGCAGUUCAGCUCAUCUGUAGAAUGGUAUAAGAAGGGUAUAAAAGAGAAUUCCAUAACUACUAAGUACCGCAAAGGAGCGUGUGAAAAUUGUGGGGCCAUGACACACAAAAAGAAAGACUGCUUUGAGAGACCUUGGCGAGUUGGAGCAAAAUUUACAGGAACUAACACAGCUCCAGACGAACAUGUCCAGCCUCAGCUGAUGUUUGACUAUGAUGGGAAGAGGGAUCGGUGGAAUGGCUACAAUCCAGAAGAACACAUGAAAAUUGUAGAAGAAUAUGCCAAAGUUGAUCUGGCAAAACAAACACUGAAAGCCCAGAAACUCCAAGAAGAAUUGGCCUCAGGAAAGUUGGUGGAACAGGCUAAUUCUCCAAAACACCAGUGGGGAGAAGAGGAACCAAAUUCUCACAUGGAAAAAGAUCAUAAUAGUGAGGAUGAGGAUGAAGAUAAAUAUGCAGAUGAUAUUGACAUGCCUGGACAGAACUUUGACUCUAAGAGACGGAUUACUGUUUGGAAUCUCAGGAUUUGA